AUGGACAAGUCCGACAUAUCCCAUGUCGAGAUUGCAAGUGAGGUUCAACUGUCUGGACAUCGGAGAGAUGGACAAGUCGAGCUCUUGCGUGGGGAUGAUGUGGUGCUUAUUCCAACUCCGUCGGCCGAUCCUAGAGAUCCAUUGAACCUGCCAGCGUGGCGCAAAUGGGUACUGUUAGUUCUCGUCUCCGCAUACAGCUGCACGGCUGUCGUCCUUGCCUCUGGAAUGGGAUCUAUCUUCACCUCCGUCGAAGCGUCCUACCCCGGACAAGAAACCCGCGCGAACGACCUCUUGACUUACCCGACACUGUUCAUGGGUAUUGGUAAUCUCAUUGCCAUGCCAUGGGCUUUUACCUGCGGUCGACGACCUGUUUUCCUUGCAUCGAUGCUCCUGCUCAUUGGUGCUGGCAUCUGGUGCCAAUGCUCGCAGAGCCUGGGAAGUCAUAUCGCCGGUCGGAAUAUCAUGUCCCUUGCCGCUGGCCAGAGUGAAGCGUUGAGCCCCAUGAUUAUCCAGGAGAUUCAUUUCCUGCAUGAGCGUGGUCGGAAGAUUGCCUGGUUUAUCUUCAUCCAGAACAUUGCUGCUGGUGUAUUCUUCGUCGUUUCAACUUAUAUGGUCAACGUCUGGGGAUGGAGAUGGUGGUAUGGAUUCUUCACUAUCAUGAACGCCGUCAUCUUCGUGUUGUCAGUGGUAUUCGUCUCUGAAUCUCACUUUGACCGGCCGGCGGAAGCUAUGCGUGGCGAGUCGCUGCCUGAUUCCAAGCUCUGUGGUGCCCAUGGUGCCGAAGGAGGAAUUGAACAGUACGAGCCGCGCAGCUGGCGUGAUGAUAUCAAGCCCGUGGUCGUGAAGCCCCGUCUGCGUGAUAUUCCGACUUUCUACAAGCAAAUUCUGCAGGGACUUCUUAUUCCAACCAUCUUCUGGCUUCUCCUGCUGAAUGGUGCCCACCUCGGCGUUUACGUCUUCCAGGCAUCCACUUUCGCAACCAUCUUGAUGAGCCCACCGUAUCUCUUCGCCUUUGAGGCUUUGGGUUAUGUUCAGGCUGGUCAGAUCGUCUGCUGUCUCGUCUUCCUGCCCCUCUUGGGUUAUGGAAGUGACAUUGCGAUCAAAUACUUCAGUCGUCGCAACGGUGGCCUCUACAAGCCCGAGUACCGUCUGCCCGUCAUCGGUAUCCCCGUCAUUGUGGGCAUCGUCUGUGGAAUUCUCUACGGACAGGCUGCCGCUCACCCGGAGAAAUGGAGCGCGGCAGCGGUCGUAAUUGGUUACAAUGCUAGCUUCUUUGCGUUCUUGGGCGCAAAUAUCGUUGGCAUUACCUAUGCCGUGGAUAGUUUCCCCCAGCGCGCGGCGCCGUUCUUGGUCGUUAUCUGUGCUGGAAGAGGUUUCAUCUCCUUUGGCCUGAGCUACGCCACCUUGCCUGCUGUUCAUACUAUGGGUUAUGAUGGGACCAUGAUUGUUGAGGUAGUUAUUUGUGCUGUACUAGCGUUACUCUCUAUCCCGAUCUUCUUCUUGGGCCCUCGCAUCAGACGCUUUGCUCAGAAGUGGUGUGGUGUUGAGGACAAGGCGAAUUGA